GGGCAUAGCUACGGUAAAACAUAAAAUGUUGACCCUGUAUUACGUGAGUGCCACCGUCCUGCAAUCCUGGCGCAUCCAGAAGGUCUGCAACAAAAUCGCCGAGCACCUGGCACAGCCCUCGAGUAUUGCUUUCUAUGCCCUGCCAGCGGGCAGUGAUGAUGGCUUUGAUCCCUCGUUUGCCAGCUCCGAGCUGUGCGGCAAUCGUAAUGCGGCCAAGGUCACGGACAUUUUAUGGUUGCAUGGAAACCAGCACGGCUGCUGCCUGCGCCCUCUGCAGACGCUUCAGAUCGCGCCGUGGAUAAGCUUUCCGGCGGCUCCGGCCCUGCUGCCAUUUGCCUACGCAGCCGACAUCUUGACGCCGGUGACCACGCCAACUGAGUCGUCGCAGCCGCCUCCCAAGCGAGUGACGCUCUCAACGGACAAGGAACAGCAUAUGCAGCUGCUCUUGGAGACGCAGGUGGAGCCGGGCCAAAAGGAGAGCACCCUGGACACCAUAGCUGUGCGGCUGGAAGAUUAUGGUAAGCUAAUUGCUUGGAAAAUAGACUCCCACCUGGCGGUGCUCGUCGAGACCGAUGUGGAGCACUUUACCCAACUGUUGAUAGCGACUUUUUUACGAAAUAAUUUAUGCAUAAACGAUGACCUGCCCCUGAUGAGGAUUGAGUCUGUUUUGCGCUCCGGCGACCCACAGCCAUUUGAGCUGCUGGCCAAGCAUCUGAAGCGGCAGUCUCGCACCACCGCUGACCUGGAAAAGGAAGGCUGGAAGAAGCACUUGGAGGAUUUGCGUGCUGUCAGUGUGCUGGCCCAUCAGGCUACUGAGUUUGAGCACCAAAAGAAUCGCACCGAGGGUAAAACGGGCCUCAUAAAGCCAGAUCUCCUUGCCCAGACACCAGAGCCGCCCGUCGUGCCCAAGGCCGUCGCUGUGGUAGAACCCACGCCCAAUAAAACAGCGGCCUUGUCCCCGCCCAGGGGAGCUUCGAGUCCCGCCAAGAGUGAGGCAUCAUUUGCCAAGAACGAGGCCGCCAAGAUCAGUCCAAUUAAAAACGAUUCAAAACUAUCUUCGGCUAAAAGCGAAGCCCAGUCAACUCCCGCUAAAAGCGCGGAUAAGUCCCCGCCAGGCAAAAGCGAAGCCAAAGCAACUCCAACCAAAUGUGAAGCCUCGCAAGCAGCCAAUCCCCAAAGCGAGCUGGAGAAGCUGGCUGCUGCCCAGGCAGCACAGAUUCAGAAAACAUCCGUGGAUGGGACUCCGACUAAAGCGGUUUCGAUUACACCCAGAAAACUCGUUGAGGCUGUGAAGCCAGCUGCCAUUACUGUGGAGGCCACUCUGCCAUCCAUUACUGUGGAGGCCGUGAAGCCUGCGAAGACCUUUGAGGUGGUGCAACCUAUUUCACCGCCAGCUAACACUGCAGCUGCACGUCCCGUGUUACGGCGCAAUAAGGAUAGCCUGCAGGAGAGCAAGCCUCUGAAUGUGUUGGUCUAUUCGGACAGUGCCAGUGCCAGGGACUCUACGCUGGCCACGCUGCAGCAGCUGCUCGAACGGAAUGUUUACACCAUUUAUCCGCUGAUGCCGCAGCAGGCAGCCCAAAAGCAUUGGACGGAGCAGACAGCGCUGCUGGUGGUGUGCGGCUCGGUUUCGCCCGGGAUUGGACAAAUACUUGUGGACUACUUUCUGCAUGGCGGCAAGGUGCUGAGCCUCUGCUCGGAUAUACUACACUUUAUUCUGCCCAACUAUCGCACAGCAGAGGUUCGUGAGCACGAAUUGGUACAGUUCUCCUAUGACAAGUGGCAGCGGGUUAAGAUGAUGCACCACAUCUUCUGCUAUCAGCCAUCGCCAGUGAAGAAGCACUUUUCCACAGACAGCGAAGAGUCGGCAAAGUCGCAUUCCCGUAGACCAGCUCUAGUAUGUCCAAGGUCCAUGGAACUGAAAGAUCUGGCCGGCCACAGCCACAAAUUGGAUGUCCAAGUGCUGGGCACUGAGGAGACCUGGAACACGCCCAGUCUAUUGCUGGCCAAUAGCCUGAAGAGCGGUGGCAAGGCCGUCUUCUCGCAGAUUCAUUUGGAGACAAAUCCUAGCGAGUUUGAAGCGGAUGAGGCCAAAUAUUCCAUCUUAAAGCAGUACGAACGCACUCGUCUAGAGAUCUUUGCGGAUCUCUUGAGCAAAUACUUGGAUGUACAGGUCGCGAAGGCAGAUGAAGGCGUAGGAGUAGGACAGUCCCAGCCAGGAGUGGUAUACAAGCACGCCUAUUUCCUGGGACGCCAUGAGUCCAAAUUUGAACUCCUCGACAAGUUACGCCUGCGCUGCAGUGGCCCCGAUAAUGUCAUAGCCACACCCAAUUUGACUAUGAAAUUCUGUGGCAAGGAUGAUAAGCCACCCACGGCCAACAAUAAUGUCUUGCCCAUACUUAUACAUUCCUGUCCAGAUGAUUUCUCCACCGUAGAUUACUUUGAUCAUCUACACACGGAGGACAUUGGUCGUCUGGUCAUCUAUGCGCCUGUCGUCAGCAGUUCCAUGCAUGUGAUCAAUAAUCUGGAGCUCAUCAACGGGUUGGCCGUGUUGCCGCUUCAACAGACUGCAGGCGUUGGUCGCAGCAAUAAUCAGUGGCUUAGUCCUUUGGGUUGUGCCAUGUUUUCACUGCAACUUCACAUAGCCAUGGAUUCACCAUUGGGCUCUCGUUUGCCUCUGAUCCAGCACCUAAUUGGUACUGCCAUUGUCAAUACCCUAAGGAGUCAUCCAAUAUACGGGGUUCUCGACAUAUCUCUUAAAUGGCCAAAUGAUAUUUAUUCACAUGGAAGCAAUAAAAUUGGUGGACUGGUCGUCAACACCACUUUGUUGGGCUCCCAGGCAAUUGUUAAUAUCGGCAGCGGAAUCAAUUUAAACAAUUCAAAGCCCACCCUCUGCAUUAACGAUAUGAUACGGGAGCAUAAUAACACUGCGGGGUCCCUGAAUAAACUACCUUUGCUAAAAUAUGAGCAAUUCAUAGCCAUGAUAUUUAAUGAAAUCGAAAGACUCUUAGCUGAAAUACAGAAUGGAGAUUUUGAGAGUUUUUAUGCCUUAUACUACUCCAUCUGGCUGCAUAGCGGACAAACCGUCAAGAUUUGCGUUCAGAACGAACAGGAAAAAGAUGCCGAAAUAAUUGGAAUCGACGACUUUGGCUUCUUGAAGGUGAAACUACCCACUGGUACCAUCGAAACUGUACAACCCGAUGGAAAUAGCUUUGAUAUGUUGAAAGGAUUGAUAGUGCCUAAGUACCACUAGUUAAAUGGAAGAACAAUUGAAUAACCCCCCCACAUACCAAACAUAUACUCGAGCUAUUAACAAUUUGUAUUUUUAGGCGCAUUUAGGUCAAUUUAUUCAAAUUUAGUACUACUAUUUACAAAGUGUUUCUCCUAAAGUGACUUAACCGAAUUUUUCCAAGCUAAAACUUUGAUGAUAUAUAUUUAAAAAGCAUAUAUGAAUUGUUCCAUUACUUUGAACACUGCCAAAGAUACAUAAAUGUGUUGCUAGAAAGUUUCGUCUAAUUGGUGUUGUUGUAUUCAAAAUAUACACAGGUUUGCUAUAUAUCCAAAUGUUUUUGAAUAAUAUCUAUGCCUAAUCCCAUUCAAAACCAUUGUUGGUUGUCAUGGAAUUUUGAAAAUUGAAUUUAAUAAAACCUCAUCGCAGUGGAAGGUUCCGCUGUGUGUUUCAAUCCAA